AUGAUUACCUUCAAUUUUCAAGACAAUGAAAUUGUGUCCUCACCUACCGUAAUAGUUUCUGGGAAAACUUCCAGUGGCAUAGACCGUGGGGUAGUACAAUUCGUUAACAACGCCAACAAGGUAUUUCCUCCACAAUCGUUCGAAGUCAAUGGUCAUGGGUACUUCAAGGCAAUUCUUCACGUAUCACCCGGAGAGCCCAAUGUGUUCGAUGUUCAGGUAUUCCCCAAUACGUCAAUCGGUGCCUUUGGAUUCCCUGAUUUUCCUCAAGGUAGAGCUCCUAAUCCGAUAGAUACCGGUAAAUUGACCUUGAUUCACGAACAAAUGCCUCAAAACAAACCUGUACACCUCUGUGUGAUCUUGGGGAAAGACUCAAAUGGCUCAUAUGAUAUGCCAAGUUAUCGAUUACAAAGAGGUGAAGUUGCAAAUUUAGACACAGCUAUUCGCAAACUUAAGGUUGCAGGCAGACUCAUGCAACUGUUCACUCAAGAUGACAUGCGUAGUAAUGGAUUCAGUAACCGUACAUGGCAAUUCACAGAAGAAACGGUCAAGAACCAGGGGAUUUUCGGAUAUGACGUUGAUUCCCCUACUCCUCAUCAAGAAGUUAAGAUCCAUGUACUUCGUUCUCCCAAGACUGUCGCUGAAUUGAGAGAUCCAAACUUGGCACAACAAAACCCCAAGGGGAAAGAUACUGGUGGACUUUUCUCCCAUGCAUUAGACUUGAUCCAUAAAGUACCUGAACUUUGGGAUGAAUUUGAAAAGCUGAGAACCGCAAUCCAAUGUGCUUGUUUAUAUAUCGAUGCCACUUUCGACGUCAAAUCCAAGCUUAUUUUGGCCCAUGCUGCCUUGGGAGGUGGUACUGGAGAAAUUAAGUUGGCUAUAUUUGGAUCUCAUGGUUUACAUUCCUGGCCAAUGAACUUCCCACAAGUAACUCCUAGCUUUUUGGAUAGCACUCAUUUAACCACCAAGGAAGUUGCCAACGAUUGUAAUGAGUGUGGAACUAGUUGGGAAUGCUUAAAUAUCACCAUGGGUGCCUUUAUGCAUGAAAUCGGCCAUUUGUUGGGAUGUCCACAUCAAGUUGAUGGGGUCAUGUUACGUGACUACGUUUGGUUCAAUCGAUCAUUUAUGACUAGAGAAUCUGAAUGUUUGAGAAGAAAUACAAAAGGUGCAGUGGUACGCUCACAAGAUGGUACCUGGGACAAGGUUUGUCAUUGGCAUAGAUUAGACAUUUUAAGGUUCUUCUAUCAUGAUUCCUUUAGUUUACCAAUAGAUUCUCAAGACCCAACAUUUGGUAAAGUAUAUGCAACCACUAGGAUUUCUGAUAAAGAAUACGAUGCCAAUGGAUCUAACCAUGUCCCAGCUCUGUACAGCACACCACUGGGUGGAGCAUUGAUUAAAUCUGCUUCAGGAAUCUAUCUCAUUGAGUUUAUUACUGAUGGUCUUGCCCGCCACCACAUUGAUUCAUUCCCUAGAGGAUAUGGAGGUUCAGGAUUCCAGAAUGAAUUAAUGCUUGAUUAUGAAUCUUGCUUGGAUGAACUUCGUAGACAUACUGAUCGGGCCAAUGAAAAUUUUGAUGUUAGAGUCCUUUCUCUUUCUGGUGACUUGUAUAUCAAUAAUUUUAAAGAACAUUGCAAGAAGUCUGCUGAGAAUGUUAUCCGAAACGAUUUUGGUUUGGGACGUGGUCAAUUGAAUGGCUACAAGAGUGCUCUUCUUGGAAGUAAAAAGCAAAAUAUGAUCAUUGCUGGAUUUGAUCUUAGAACAGUCUACAAGGUUAGAGUAUAUCAUGGGGGUGCAUUGGACGGGGUUAGAUUUUACUAUACAAUUGGUAAUAAUACACUGAAAACAAACUCCAAUGAUGGCGGACCACCACCUAUCCCAGCACGUAAUUAUUUGAAAGGAUUUGCCGACAAGGUAUCUGCAGCCAUCCGUCCUCCCCAUCAAGUCAUGCAAAAUGGAGGAGCAGGUGAGCCUAAAAGUUCUCUUAUGGGGAAUGAAAAAAGAGACUAUUCUGAAUUUAUCUUGAAUUCUGGUGAACAAAUCACCAAAUUCCAUUUCCGUGAUGGUCAAUGGAUUGAUGCUAUUCAGUUUGAAACCAACCAAGGAAGAAAGUCUCCCAUGUAUGGGAAUGCCAAAGGUGGCCAUGCAUCUACGCUUGAAUCCCCAGCUCAAGGGUUGACCGUUGUAGGGAUGUACGGAUACGUUGGCUCGUGGAUGGAUGGAAUUGGGAUUAUUUACUCUGGGGAUAUUUAG